GUGGGGCACUAAACUUCGCUGGCUUUGCAAAUGCAGUGAGGAAAAUGGAGCAAGAAUAAGCAUUUGAAACUUGAAUGAAAGCACUUCAAACCAAAACAGUCCAAGCUAUUUCUAUGGCAUGGUAAUAGAUCUAACAGAUAACUUUCCGACCAAAGGUAUUGGAAACAAAACAUCAGCACUCUGGCUUUCAGGACUGCUAAACACAACUGAGAGAACCUGAGUAGCAGCACACCUUUGUUUCCUAAUCCCCUGCGAUAGCAAGGAACAGCAAAAGGAAGUUUGGGUUGUUGUUGUUGUUUAGUCGUUUAGUCGUGUCCGACUCUUCGUGACCCCAUGGACCAGAGCACGCCAGGCACUCCUGUCUUCCACUGCCUCCCACACCUUGGUCAAACUCAUGUUCGUAGCUUCGAGAACACUGUCCAACCAUCUCGUCCUCUGUCAUCCCCUCUCCUUGUGCUCUCCAUCUUUCCCAACAUCAGGGUCUUUUCCAGGGAGUUUUCUCUUCUCAUGAGGUGGCCAAAGUAUUGGAGCCUCAGCUUCAGGAUCUGUCCUUCCAGUGAGCACUCAGGGCUGAUUUCCUUCAGAAUUGAUAGGUUUGAUCUUCUUGCAGUCCAUGGGACUCUCAAUAGUCUCUUCCAGCACCAUAAUUCAAAAGCAUCAAUUCUUCGGCGAUCUGCCUUCUUUAUAGUCCAGCUCUCACUCCCAUACAUCACUACUGGAAAAACCAUAGCUUAAAACUAUACAGACCUUUGUCGGCAAGGUGAUGUCUCUGCUUUUGGGUUGUACUGGACAAUGAAUAUACAGAUAGGAGUUUAUGGUUGCUGGACAUUUCCCUGGAUUCAGUAAGUGUAAUAUUUAAUCAAAGUUUAGGGUGUUAAAAUUUGUGCCAGACCACUGUAAUCCCUGGAUCUAACAAGUGUUAGAGCUAAUUAAGACAGCCAGAGAUUAGAGAAGAGAGCAAUGUGAGUUAGAAGCUGAGAGUAGGGAGUAAUGGGAUGGAGAAACAAAGCAACAAGCAGGGGAGUCUGAGCAACGUUUGAGAGAAAUGUUCGAUGUCCCUUUGAAUCCAUGGCUGUGGCUACGGGAGAAACAAGACCCUUUGGGGGUGUUGGUGCUAUGAACUCCUCCAUCAUAGGCUCAGGUUGUAUAUAUUUGUAAGUAACCCCUAGAUCAUAAAGGCGCCACACAGUCUCUGCUGUGCUUCAUUCCAAAGGCAAACACGAAACACUGGGUACCUACCUAAGUGCCUGGAACUCCUGGGCUUUCACAACACUCAGAGAUUGGUUUUGACAUGCAACAAUACAGAGCUCUCAUUGAAGAAACUUGCAUGAACACUUUUGAUUCUGAGGCCUUAUUAGGUCUUUUUAUUUUAAAAUAUGAUUGUUACACAGUUAGGCUUUUGUGUACCUCUUUUGCAUUUGCAAAAGCAAACCAAAGGUUUUUUCCCCAUUACUUCCCCCCAAAAAAACUGUGCAGGGAGAACUGAGGGUCAGUAGGCCAGGGCUGCCAUACAGCAGGAUGAAGUGAACUGCUUUGGGGCACUGUGAUGGGGAGAUAGAUGAAAUCAGAAAAUAGUGACUGAGAUUUGCUGCAAGAUUUUAUUUUUAUUUAUUUUUAUUUUAUUCAAGUGUUGGCACUAUAAGGGAGCAGAGGGCACUAUUUGGGACCAUUUGGGGUCGCGUGCAGUAUAAUCUUGGAGCACUCAAAGGCUACAGUAAAUAAUAAUAAUAAUAAUAAUAAUAGUAAUAAUAAUAAUUAAAGCUGCAACAUUUUCAUAUGACCUGUUUUUUUACCUAUGUGUUUGGGUACAUUCAUGAGUCCAGUCUGCAUGUUUCAGCACCACAAAAAGCACUGUAUUUCAAAUGCAGUUGCCCAAAACUUUGUUAAACAGCAACUUAGCCCAGGUCGGAUCAGUGCUGAUGAGAAACAGCAAUGUGAUUUACAUAUUAAUCCUCUAAGGAUAAAGCAAAUGUUGAGGGUGAGUUGUACUCCUUGGAACCCUUAAAUUUCAUCUAAACAAGCACCUGUUGUUACAGUUUAUCUGAAGCAAGGUAAUAUCCUUCUCUUGAUAAAUCUGUGCAGUACCGCUGCUGGCACAUGGUCAGUUAUCAUCUGUAAAAAUCUCCAGAUCAUUGUCUAAAGUGCUGUUGCUUGGUUGCCAUAUGUUUGAUGUGUUGGCAUUAUAAGUUUCCUUCUUCUGUUUCUCUUCUUUUUGAGUUUGGGGGAUGGGGUGCAGAAUAUGCAGGUUUAAUUAUCUUCCCCUCUCCUCAUCCAUUUCUGCCUUAGUAUUGUAUAAACAUCAGAAGUCCUGUUCAACAUCUGAAGAGCUGCCAUGUUCCUAGCCGAUACCUCCAUUCUAAUCCUGAUUAUUUUCAUUUUGAAAGAUGUUUUUCAAUGAAGCCAAUGGCUCUUAUGCAUUAUCUGGUUCUCUAACAGUGCCACCCUAAGCAGAUUUAUUCAGAAGCAAGCCCCCAUUCUUUUUUCCACCAGUGGAACUUACUGUGUAGCAAGAGUGAUUGGGACUGAAAUCCUAAAUAAGCUGUAAAUCUGAAUGCAGUCACGUAACACCAUUGAACACAAUGGAAUUUAUUUAUCAGCAAACAUGCAUAGAAUUGCACUGCCUUGGUACAGAGUCUUUAUUAUUUUUCUUAUUUGUUUUAGGGCUGCUGCUUUUACCCUACACUUCAAAACAAAUUAACUUCAAAAUGAAAUACAAAGGUAGCAUGCGCUAAAGAAAAUUAAAAACAAAAACAAAAGCUACUAAAAUGAAUGAACAAUAUCCUAUAAAUGACCAAACAGAAACACCAAAGUCUGUGAAUGGGAAGCAUCAAAUCAUCAGCUGAGAGAUAAAAUAAACCAAAUCAAAAAGUCUGUGAAAAAAAUGAAGUGUGGCUUUACCUUGGCACGAAAAUGGCAUCGAAAAAAAGAGGAACUGUUCCAGAAUUUGCUGACGCAGGUGAUCGAGCAAUUCUCCAGGGUAUUUAAAAUUGAUGAUCUGAAAACCGACGUAGCUAAUCACUUGGCAAUGCUGGAGAAAAGAGUUGAAUUGGAAGGACUGAAAGUAGCGGAGAUUGAAAAGUGUAAGAGUGAUAUUAAAAAGAUGAGGGAUGAAAUGGCAGCGAGAAGCACCAGGACCAACUGCCCCUGUAAAUACAGCUUCCUGGAUGAGAGCAAGAGGCUGGUGCCCCGAAGGGAUGUUCCAUCCUAUCCCAAGUACAUGCUUUCUCAGGAGACCAUAGAAGCUCUUAGGAAACCGACCUUUGACGUCUGGCUAUGGGAGCCCAAUGAGAUGCUGAGUUGUUUAGAACAUAUGUAUCAUGAUUUAGGAUUAGUGAAAGACUUUAACAUCAACCCUAUCAUAUUGAAGCGAUGGCUGCUGUGUAUUCAUGACAAUUACAGAAACAAUCCAUUCCAUAAUUUCCGACAUUGCUUCUGUGUUACCCAGAUGAUGUACAGCAUGAUCACUCUCUGCAGUCUCCAGGUAAAGCUUUCUCAAAUGGAUAUCUUAAUACUAAUGACUGCAUCAGUGUGUCAUGAUCUGGAUCACCCAGGAUAUAACAACACGUACCAAAUUAAUGCACGGACGGAGCUUGCUGUGCGCUACAAUGACAUUUCCCCGCUGGAGAACCAUCACUGUGCAGUGGCUUUCCAGAUCCUUGCGCAGCCAGAAUGCAACAUUUUGUCCCACGUUGAUAAGGAACAGUUCAAACGGAUUAGGCAGGGGAUGAUUACAUUAAUCCUAGCAACAGACAUGGCAAGGCACGCUGAAAUUUUGGACGCUUUCAAAGAAAUACUGGACAAGUUUGAUUAUUCAAAUGAGGAGCAUGUGACCCAGCUAAAGAUGGUCCUGAUCAAAUGCUGCGAUAUCUCCAAUGAAGUUCGCCCAAUGGAAGUGGCAGAGCCCUGGGUAGACUGCUUAUUAGAGGAGUAUUUUAUGCAGAGUGACCGGGAAAAGUCCGAAGGCCUUCCGGUGGCACCUUUCAUGGACCGAGACAAAGUGACCAAACCUACAGCACAGAUAGGCUUCCUGAAGUUUGUUCUUAUCCCAAUGUUUGAAACUGUAACAAAGCUUUUCCCAGAGGUUGAAGAAGUAUUGCUCCAACCACUUUGGGAAUCCAGGGAUCGCUAUGAGGAGCUGAAGCAAAUAGAUGAUGCUGUGAAAGAGCUACAGAAGAAGAAGAACGAAAGUUUGGCAAUUGGAAGCAAGGAGAAGUGAAAAGCAAAGGCAAGGCACAUCCGGCAUUAUAAUGGACACAAAGAUCCUUUAGAGGUUUGCCAAGUAUAGCUAAGCAUCAUGGGAUUGCACAGCACUGACGGAGGAUGAGACUGAACAGCUGACACUGCCACAAGCACUUUUUCCAAGUUCCUUUUUUAUAUAUAAAAAAGAACCCUAGUAUUUAUCCUUAUGGAUGCAGACAAUAAGGAAUCUCUGCUGUUGUACAUUUUUUAAACGAAAAAGUAAUCUUCUAAAUAAUAUAUUCUUAUACCAAAAAAUGGCUGCUGUAAUUAUUCUCUUUUGAAGAUUUUAUAUGUCUUUUUUUUUUAACUGCUUCAGGUUGUCAUAUGGAGAUGUAUUGGGAAAAGUUGUGCUUUUUAAGCGAGUUGUUUUAGAAAUCUUUUUAAAUGUAGUUUUGUGUACCGUUAAGGUAACAACAAUGUAUCUCAAUAUGUCUGUGUACGAUUUAGAAGUGUUACCUUGCCGAGGGAUUUGACAAAACCAGUAGGAAGCUGAGAAGCUUAGUGUUCUCUUCUCUGGUCAGCAACUAUUGGCCAAGAAAACCCUUCAGGAGGGAGAGUGAAGGGACCGCCCAAUCCCUCAGCCCUGCUGGCCUAGUCCCUCUCUGCAUAUGCUGUUCCCCCUUUUGUUUUGGGGUCGGUAAUUGAGGGGUAGCCUACAGAUGAUGGUCCUAGAGGGACAGGUUUCCAGUUACCUUAUCCCUGAGCACUGAGAGAAUUGAAAAGGGCCCCCAGGCAUGUUAUGAACAUGAAGCAGUUCCUGUUGCCAAAGCUUGACAGGUCUAGCACUGUAAACUGCUUGGAUAGGAAUUCAAAUUUCAGAGGAACCAGAGCUAUGCUAAUCUGCAUUCCUUCUUGGAAGAGCGGAGUAUAAAUGUAACAAAUAGCUAAUGCUUCAACAAAGAAGAUAUUUUCAAAAGUUUUUUAAAUUUACUUUAUUUACAUUUCCUGCAUCAUGUUCUGGUUUAAUGAAUGGGGCAUCUCAAAUAACCAGCUAACCGAAAACUCUGAUAAACUGGCAUUAUAUUUGCCUACACAUACAGUGGACGCUCGGGUUGCGAACGUGAUCCGUGUGGGAGGCACGUUCGCAACCUGCAGCAUUCGCAACCUGCGUCCGUGCAUCUGCGCACGUGCGGGUCACGAUUUGGUCUUCUGCACAUGCGCAAAGCGUGAUUUAGUGUUUCUGCACAUGCGCGUGCGCCGAAACCCGGAAGUAACCCGUUCUGGUACUUCCAGAUUCGGUGUGGAGCGCAACCCGAAAAGACACAACCUGAAGCGGCUGUAACCUGAGGUAUGUACUGUACAUUGGCAAGAAUCUAGUCUAGAUUUGACUAGAUGCUAUGUGCAACUGAGAUUUGUUUAAUGAAGGCUCUGUAAUUAUUAUAUUUUACUGUAGAGAAUAUACCAUACACCCAGUGCCUGAGAGGGCCUGUGAUGGUGAGGGACUACUAGCAUGUGUUUUCCAUGCUUACAGUUUGAGAUUCAAUCUCUGAAACCUCCACAAUUAGAAGGGUCUUGAGAUGCGGAGCUAGGAAAAACUUUUGCAUGUGGCCUUCAAGACCUACUUGAGCAGAUUAAUACAGUGCUUAAAUUCACAUGGCAGCUUUUAUUGGACAAAAGCUGGCAGCCAUUUCGCUUGGAUGGGAAUUGCUAAGGUUAAUUCUGACAGUGUGCCCUUUUAAUACUGAACAAUGAGAGUUUGGGACCAAGGUAUCCAACUGAAAUGGGUAUGGGUUGUUGCUCCCAGGUUACAGAAAGGAACGUCAGGUAUGAAGAAACUAGUGGCACCUCGGCUUAAGAAGUCUUCCUUACAAACGAUUCGGUUUACGAACUCCACAAAACCGGAAGUAGUGUCCCAGUUUGCGAACUUUACCUCGGUCUAAGAACGGAAUCCAAAUGGUGGAAGGGCACCGGCAGCGGGAGGCCUCAUUAGGGAAAGCGUGCCUCUGUUUAAGAAUGGUUUUGGUUUAAGAACGGACUUCCAGAACGGAUUAAGUUCGUAAACCAAGGUACGACUGUAAUUGGUUUGUGCAAGGUCCCCUAGAAAACCUUUGGCAGGGACAGGACUUGAGUGCCAGUAACUAGGGUUCCCUGAGCUUCCACAUUCAGACCCACAGAAGGAUUGUACAAAAGAAAGGACUGUGGAAUUCUACAUCUGGUGAAAUUGCCCCUUCUAUGCUCUUAGUUCUCCCAAAGUCUAGAGACACAUCAGUAUUCAAAUAUGAGCCAAGGGAGAUAUCCUUUGUUGCAACUGAUGGUCAUGUAUGCCUUCCACAGCAUCCUGUUGGAAGUGUACAUGAAAGUAAAGCACAAGACGCAAAACGAAAGGUGUGGCUUAUGAAAGAUGCCUUGGAUUUGCUCUGGGAGAAAUGUAAGAAAUCCCGUUGC